GGACUUCUUCCACUUCCGCCGCCGCCGCCGCGGGUCUGGGCUGAGUUGCCGUUUGUUCCGAGCCGCUAUCCUCGCCGUCGCGAUGCCGCUGGAGAACCUGGAAGAGGAGGGUCUGCCCAAGAAUCCGGACCUACGCAUCGCGCAGCUGCGCUUCCUGCUCAGCCUGCCGGAGCACCGCGGGGACGCGGCCGUGCGCGACGAACUGAUGGCAGCCGUCCGCGAUAACAACAUGGCUCCUUAUUACGAAGCCUUGUGCAAAUCCCUUGACUGGCAGAUGGACGUGGACCUGCUCAGUAAAAUGAAGAAGGCAAAUGAAGACGAGUUGAAACGUUUGGACGAGGAGCUGGAAGAUGCGGAGAAGAAUCUGGGAGAGAGCGAAAUCCGAGACGCGAUGAUGGCAAAGGCCGAGUACCUCUGCCGGAUAGGUGACAAGGAAGGAGCUCUGACAGCCUUUCGCAAGACAUAUGACAAAACCGUGGCCCUGGGUCACCGACUGGAUAUUGUGUUCUAUCUCCUUAGAAUUGGCUUAUUUUACAUGGAUAAUGACCUCAUCACACGAAACACAGAAAAGGCCAAAAGCUUGAUAGAGGAAGGAGGAGACUGGGACCGGAGAAACCGCCUAAAAGUAUAUCAAGGUCUUUAUUGUGUGGCUAUUCGUGAUUUCAAACAGGCAGCUGAACUCUUCCUUGACACAGUUUCAACAUUUACAUCCUAUGAACUCAUGGAUUAUAAAACCUUUGUGACUUACACCGUCUAUGUCAGCAUGAUUGCUUUAGAAAGACCAGAUCUCAGGGAAAAGGUUAUUAAAGGAGCAGAGAUUCUGGAAGUGUUGCACAGUCUUCCAGCAGUUCGGCAGUAUCUGUUUUCACUCUAUGAAUGCCGUUACUCAGUUUUCUUCCAAUCAUUAGCUUUUGUGGAACAGGAAAUGAAAAAGGACUGGCUUUUUGCUCCUCAUUAUCGAUACUAUGUAAGAGAAAUGCGGAUUCAUGCGUACAGCCAGCUGCUGGAAUCAUACAGGUCAUUAACCCUGGGCUAUAUGGCAGAAGCCUUUGGUGUUGGUGUGGAGUUCAUUGAUCAGGAACUCUCCAGAUUUAUUGCUGCUGGGAGGCUACACUGCAAAAUAGAUAAAGUGAAUGAAAUAGUGGAAACGAACAGACCUGAUAGCAAGAACUGGCAGUACCAAGAAACUAUCAAGAAAGGAGACCUGCUAUUAAACAGAGUUCAAAAACUAUCCAGAGUAAUUAAUAUGUAAAAAAAAAAAAAAACCUCAUACACAAAGGAUUUCCUGUAGAGGUGCUUACUUUACUUUGUGCCCAGUUGAACUGUAUAAAAUAAAUACUGCGUUGUUUCUUUCAAUUUA